AUGAGCAUGAUCAUCACAAACAUAUUUUUUGACCACGGAGGUCAUUAUGUAGAAGAGGAACUGAAAUGGGUUUCAAAGAAUCCCACUUGCGCUAUAACAUUCAAGAUCUCAUCUUUGGAGGAGAUUACGUACUCAGCGGUUGUGGAUAAGAUAUGCAGGAAGAUUGCAAGAGAUGUAGCUAAGCCGCUGCUGAAAUUGAGUUACAUUCCAAUGUCAAAUAAUCCUGCGAGAGAGAUGUACAUUUUUGAUGAUGAAGACCUAUUUGCUUAUCUAACGACAAUUGAUAAUCUGGGAUUUAGGAGAUUUUGCAUGUGGAGAGAGCCACAUGUUGAGGAGCCAGAGCCACAUAUUGAAAAGCCACAUAUCGAAGAGGUUGAGUCUGAUGGUAAAGAAGAGGAUGGCAACAAGAAGCGUCAAGAAGAUGGGUUAAACUUCUUUGAUGAGGAUUUUGAGCUUUCACGUCCUGUAGAAGAAAUUAAGUUGGCUGAAGAAUGGGAAGAUGGUAUUGGUCUUGAAAUAAAACAAGAAUUUCCAUCAAAGGAGGCAUUGCAAGAUUUGGUUGACAGAGCUUCACACAAGCAUUGUUUUGGUGUCCGCACUUACAAGUCUGACACUGGCCGACUUAUCCUAAGGUGCACUCAGAAGAGCGGAGGCUGUAAUUGGUAUAUAUAUGGUGCGAGGAAAGCUGGAUCAGAUUUUUUCAGUGUCCGAAAAUUCUGGAACAAGCACAACUGCUCACGGGCUGUUGAAAGUAGUAACAGCUCUCGAAAGAGAGGCAACCCACGAUUAGUGGCAUCGGUUUUGCAUGAAGACUAUCCAGGUCAGUUUGACACACCAGUUCCAAAAACAAUUGUCGAUGUUGUUCACCGUAGACUUGGUGAAAAUCCUGGAAGCAAAACGAAUGUGCAACUAGAUGCUGAUCACAGGUUUGAGUAUCUGUUUGUUGCUUUGGGCGCUAGCAUUGAAGGGUUUCAAUGGAUGAGGAAAGUGAUAGUUGUGGAUGCAACGUUUCUGAAGACUGUGUAUGGUGGACAGCUUGUGUUUGCCACUGCUCAAGAUCCUAAUCAUCACCAUUACCCUAUUGCCUUUGGGAUAAUUGUUAGCGAAAAUAGUAGUAGUUGGCCAUGGUUCCUGGAAAACCUGAAAGCUGUUGUACGAGAUGAUCCUGAACUCGUUUUUGUUAGUGACAGACAUAAAAGCAUCAUAUAUGGAGUCAAGAAGGUCUAUCCAUUGGCUCGUCAUGUACACUGUAUUUGGCAUCUGGCUCAGAACGUAAAAGGGCAUGCUCAGCAAGGUGUUAAGAGAGACGAUGUUGUUGAUAAGUUCAUCAAAUGCGCUCAUACUUAUACUGGGUCUGAGUUUAAAAAGGAGUUUGAUGAGUUCAGGAAGCUGUAUCCUGCGUGUGCUAAGUUUUUGGUUGACAAGAUAGAUGUGGAAAGGUGGGCAAGGUGCAUUUUUGAAGGAGAAAAGUACAACUUAGACACCAGCAAUUCUUGCGAAUCUAUGAACAAUGUGUUUAGGAAAGACAGAAAGUUGUCUCUCUUACCAAUGCUUGAUAAGAUAAUAGAGAAAUUUGCUUUUUGGUCCAACAAGUAUAGGAACGAAUGCGCUUCAAUGCCAAGUACAAAGGUCGUUGUGCCUUAUGUGGAGAAUGUUCUUCAUGAAAUUUGUCCAAUAGCCAAGCGUUUAACGGUGAGGGAGGUAAAUGGUCAAGAAUUUAUGUUCGAUGUAUUUGGUACAGAUGGUGUGAUAUCUCUUGUGGAUUUAGCGAGCAAAACUUGUGUGUGUAGAAUGUUUGACAUUGACAAGUACCCGUGUGUCCAUGCAAUUGCCGCAGUCAUGGCAAAGAUAAAGAAGGAUGGAAGAAUGUCGACUCUUUCUAUAUAUGAUAUGUGCUCCAGAUACUAUUUGAUUGAGACAUGGGCACGAGCAUAUUUGAAAACGAAAUAUACAGUGCCCCAUAUCUCAACUUGGGCAAUCCCAGAGGAUGUUCUGAAAUUGUUCGCUUAUCCUCCUGAUUACACAGCAAAAAGAGGAAGAAACCAAGAAGAACAACAUCCAUCAGAAGGAGAAAGUCGUAAAAAGAAGAAGAAGAAAACGAGUAACAAGUGUAAGCCUGGCCAUAAUCUGGGUGUUUGGUUCGAACCUUCAAACGAGUAA